AAACAACACAACUGGGAACAUAUCACGUUCGUGAACCACAGCUAUAAGAGCCUUCCCCAGCCCUGCCCAGCCUGGGCCCACUCCCUCCUGAGAGCUCACAGCCGCAGGCCCAGAAGCAGAUGUGCCUCCAGCAACAAGGCUCUUGUCAAUGGAGAGGCCCUUCACGGUCCUGCAGGUGAGCCUGCACCACCCCAGGCUGGAUCCAGCCACCUUUGCCAACAUCCAGCCUCAGCUGCAGCACGACACCAGCCCACUGCUGGUUGGGCGGGGACGGGACGCCCACCUGCAGCUGCAGCUCCCCCACCUCUCCCGCCAGCACCUGUCCCUGGAGCCCUACCUGGAGACCGGUCGCACUCUACUGGCCUUCUGCCUCAAGGCCCUGAGCCGCAAGGGCUGUGUGUGGGUCAACGGGCAGACGCUGAGGUACCUGGAGCAGGUCCCUCUGAGCACCAUCAACAGGAUCUCCUUCUCGGGCGUCCAGAUGGUGGUCCACAUCAAGGGAGGCACCUCCCUCGAGGCCUUUGUCUGCUGCUUCCAUCUCAGCCCCUCACCCCUGAUUUACAGGCUGGAGGCCGAGGAGACUGACGAAUGGGAAGGCAUCCCCCAGGAGCAACCUCCCCCAGCGUCAGGGGAGCAGCCUGCAGGCCACCUGGGGUUUCUCCACGACUCCUCCCAGACUCAGACUUGGAACAGCUCUCUCCAGCCCAGCCCUGGAGGAGGAACAGAAAUACAGCUCCAGGGGGAGCCCCCAGACAGGGCACUCUGCUAGCCUCGCUGCAAGAGCAAGCCUUGCUGAAAUGGGACUUGAAAUAUCCCAGCUACAUCAGGCAGGUCGACAUGCAGGGCUGACGUGCAGACCUGCUGGCCGCCGGCUCCUAAUGACCCGAUUCCGCACACACCCAACGGCCUGGGGGUGCAGAAACACUGCAUGGCUAGAGCUAGAAGGUAAUGGGAACUUCAUAUACUUUUAGAGGCCCUGAGGGGUCCUGGGGAGACUUGCAGCAUUUCCCCACAUUCCCCUCUUGUCUGACUAGGAGUUACUUUAUGUGGCUCAUUUUGUGUGCUGCUUAAGGGCGGGAGUUUGAGGUUACUCCAGGAAUGCACGGACACAUGUAACAAUUACGUUGGUGGUAGCUCAGGGUUCCUUCAGCCUUCCAAUACCCACAGGCACUGGGGGCUUAGGGAAGCCUGUGUUUAAUAAACUACAAGUAUUUCAUUAAGCUGGCAUACCCAGUAGGAUUCCCUGGCCCCCAGGUGGGCCAUGUGCAUGCCCGUUGUCAUGCAGAGGUGGGGGCGGGAAACACAGAAGAGGUGUAAGAGGAAAUUGGGAAGGUGGGGGCCAUGUUUCUGUAAAGGAGUAAGCAGAGCUCAGGGUUUCCUGAAGGUGGAAGCUGGGAGCUGGGCCUGCUGGCCUACUUGUUGUCACCAUCAGUUCCCCCAUUUUCUGUCACUCUGGAUCAAAGCCUUUCCCCUGACCAAAAGGCAAAGUCUUCAGGGAGAGGUGGUUUCCCAAGCAAUGGGCUCUUCAGGGCUCCUUCUGUCAGGGGUGGGUGGAAGGCUUGGUGGCAGUUAUUUCGCUCAGGGCGGGUCAUGUACCUUUCUAAAUGGUGGACUGGUCAGGAGCUAGGCAGGCCGAGGGAGGGAAAACUAGCUCAGUGAACAGGGGAGCAGAGUGCAGGCAGCCCUCGCCUGCCAUCCUGACAGGGCAAGAGUGUUUAGAAACAAGGUUUGCCUGUGUCAUGGAGGGAGGGACCUGCCACGCAGAUGGUCUCCAGGAUCCCAAACUCCCCUUCAGGAGAUCCGAGGCACCGAGGGCACGGCUGGCUGGCUCAUGUCCACAGAGUCUGUAACCAUUUCUAACACUUUCCAUUUCCCACCCGAGAAGAAAGACCCUUUUGCACCCAGGACGGGCUACCGGGAGGUUCCACAGCACUCACAGGCUCCGAGUGGCUUGUCCAAGAGGGAGGACAGUGGUGGGCAAGACCUGCGCUCGCCCCUGCUUGGGAAGCUUCCCUAUCAAUGGGAAAGGACAAGGACACUCAGAUCACAGCCACGGGCAGAAGAUAGCAGGGCUGCUAGCAAUGGGGCUGUCCAGUGCAAGGAAUGGCCCCCGCAGGUCCCCAUCGUAGUCCUUCACUCAUUCAUUCAACACGUUUUCACCAAGCACCCAGUUCGUGCCAGCUGUGUGCAAAGCCUCAGGAGCAGCAGUGAGCGUGAAGGACAAAAUAUCUGUGCUCAGGAAGACUGCACUGGGCUCAGGAAAGACACGCAUUUGAGAGCUAAUCACUUAAUCAUCUGAUCACCACUGGGAUUGACACCACAAUCAUUGUAUUUCUCUCCCUCCAGCUGAGCAUCACGGAGUUCUCUUACAAAGUGGCCUUGUCAGUUGGUGCCCGCUAGCACCAGGCGAUCUGCUCUGGUGUUCCCUAGCGCCUGGCGCUCUGCUCCAGUGCCCGCCAGCGCCCAGUGCUGUGCUCUGGUGCCCGCUAGUGCCUGGCGCUCUGCUCUGGUGCCUGCUAGUGCCCGGCGCUCUGCUCUGGUCUUCACUAGUGCUCAGCACUCUGCCGUGCGCUCUGUUCUACCCCACUGACUCCUCGGAACACGCCUGAUAGACCAUGUUAUUCACCACGUUUCACACACAAGGAAACUGAGGCUCAGGAAGGUCGUGGAUCUUGCCCAACAUCGCAUCAUCACUAGUUGUGUGACAUUGGGCAAGAGGCCUAACCCGCUUUUUCCUUUACUGCUUCAUUGGGGAAAAAAUGGGUCAAGAUAAUGGUCCCUCGGUGCUGGAGCUGUUAUGAGGGCCCAAGGAGGCAGCCCAGGGAGCACUUAGUGUGGAGUCUGACACUCGCUGGGCAGGGGCUCGCUGCUCUCUUGAGACCUGAGAAGGGACGGUCAUUGGUCCAGACCCAAGGGCUCACCAGGCACGUGGAGCUGGGAAGAUGCAAGCCCCAGUGGGCUGGCCCUAGAGCCCAGGGGCUUACCACACUGUGUGAUUCCUAAGCAUCGUCUUCACUGUGGAACUGGGAGGCAGCCAGGAGGGACUUUCAAUGUGUCCUUGCACUGGGAGGCCAUGGCCAGGGCUCACAGAACAGGAGAUGGAAUUCCGGGCCUGUGCAGAAGAAACCAGGUGCAGCUAGGUCUGAUGACAUCCGCGUACUGGAACUGCCUUUUCCAGGGUCUAGAGGCAGUAAUGAUCCCUCACAGUCCAGAGCAUUCCCUAAAGUGUGCAUCCCAGAGCAGCAGCCCACAGAGAGACCUCGAGAAGCCACGGCCUGACGACUGGCCCUGAACACCAAAGGCUGAAGAGAGACAGCUGCCUGGGGGAACGCCAGCAUCCCCAGAGCGCAACUCCUUGUCUCCACCAGAGAAGC